GCACAUGCACAGCAUACAUUCUGAAAAACUGGUCCAGCAGUACACAUACACCCUUGGAUGGGCGAUACGCAUCGCUCAGAAGCGCGCGCGCGGACGCCUCGUGGAAGAAUCGGCAUGCGUGAUGCACGUUUCCCGAAUUUGCGGAUCGUUUUGCAGAGAGAAAGAGAGAAAGAACGAGAAAGUGAGCAGGAAGGAGUGCGAAAGCGAGAGAAGCAGAAGGGGUGCAGGAAAGGGGGUGGUCGGUACGAAAGCAAAGUAUUAUAUAUACAAUCGCUAACCCGUACACUGGCAAGCCAUUCAAGCGUUUGACUCGUCGCGAGUCAGAGGGUGCACUACAUAACAACCACCAGCUGCUCCAAGCGUGUGAUCCUCGCUAGGCGGGCCACUGCAGUGUCUGCGUGCGUGUACGCGUGUAAAAGUGUGCAAAACGCAGCGCCUGCAUCAUCGCGAAAGCUCGCAGCAGCAUCGCCGCAUACUCAAUCCGCACUUAAUGAUGUGUUGCAUCCGCCGUCUACUGCCGACCACAACGCCGCUGGCAGCGCCAAUGGAGCAGGUACAGCCGAAGCGAACGAAAGGGCAGUGCUGCAGUUUGUGCCAGUGCGAUCAAAAUGUGCAACCGAAAAGGGAGGGCCAAAAGGUAGACACGCAGCAGCAGCAGCAGCAGCAGGAGCUCCCGCAACUUCAGGAGGAUCUUCUUGCGGGUGCGACACGUGCAACGCGCGAUGCGCUCCGUUUGUUGCAGGAUCAAGCGUAUCGCUUCCAGCGUAGCGCUCUCUACAGCAUUCUGACGAACACAACGCAACCGAGCCAUGCUAUCACUGCGCUGGUGGUAUCGUUGGUAGUGGUUGCCCUUUGGCCAAAUCUGCUCGCCACCAGCACUGCAUCGAGGGCGAUGGAAGCGGCCAACGUGCCAGCACCCCCCACGCUUCACCCUACCGGUCAGCUAACGCAGCUCGCAUACAUUGGCUCCUUUACGAUUCACUUUGGGGCACAGAUCUGGAUGACUUUCGUGUCGGGCCUUGCACUCUACUUCUCGCUGCCACGCCACACGUUCGGGCUGAUCCAGGAGAUACUGUUCCCCAAGUACUUUGCGCUCGGCACUGGCCUGAGCACGAUCAGUCUGGUGAGCUUCGUGGAGUUGCGGCGCAACCACCGGCCGGACCUAGCCCACCGCAACCUAGCCCACUGGGAUCCGGCCGAUCUGCUGCAGAUCGGGGCGCUUGGGCUGACUGCCGCCUUGGAGCUGUUCGUCCGGCUCUACCUUGCACCGCCGAUGCUACGGCUGAUGCAUGAGAAGCAUCGCAUCGAAGCGGUGGCCAGCGUCGGCCAAGAGGUCGGUCAGUUCGAUGGGGCGGCGAACCCGAAGCUUGCCCGCUCGCGCCACUACACCACCACCCAUAAAAAGUUCCGCCAGAUCCACAUGGCGACCGCAAUACUGAACAUCGUUGCCCUGUCGUGCACCUGCGUGCAUCUGCUCUACCUGGCGGCACGCGUCAAUGUUUGAGCACUGUACGUGCCUGAGCUGGUUAAAAAAUUUAAGUAAUUUAUGAGGCCCACCCGAUAAACAAUCAACCUUCAUCAACUUCAUCAUCAGCCUCGACACCUCGAGCGCCAAGCCGAUCUCCACUUGUAUGCCCAUUGUGGCAAUUAAAAUCUCAGCCGAGGAGCCGAGAGGCAGGCCCCCAGCAGCAGGUCUUCGAUUUGAGCGCAUUUCCCGCAGCCACAGUGGGCUGGCUCUGAGGGGGGGGGGGGGGGGGGGGUGGCUAGCACUGUGAAGCUGUAAUAGACGUUAAGGAGGACGAAUGUUACAGAACGCUCUUUUUUUGACUCAUACUGCCGCACGUCGGUGUUUCAUCAGUAUUGGAAAGGAAGUUUUAGCUGUUUACGAUACUGUGAUACUCGUUACGGCUAGUGCUGUGUGCCAUAUUAUCAUGCUUCAACGCCUCAACGGACGCGAGAAGACGGAAGAAAUGAAGAACAAGCAGUGUCACGUCUCACUAGCGCAGUUUUUCCCUCGUCGAAGCGGUUAAAGCACAAGUGUCGAGCGUUAAGUAAUACAGAUAUCCUUCUAGACUGCUGGUCAGACUGAAUAUGUGUGUGUGUGUUUCUAGUUGCAUCAAGGUGCAUGUUCCUGCUAGUAGAUUUACGCAUGUUUCGAUUUAGCUUUAGAUAUAAAAUCGACAGUAUGAUAGCAAACUCAUUUAUACCCAUGAA